AUGGCAAUCAUCUCUUGCGCCUCGCAACCUCAGCAAGAUGGCCUGGCCCGGGAAAUCAUCAGCUCGGACACCAGUGCCAAUAGUGUCUCGUCUCUCACACACAUCACCAUCUUGCCUCUUGGCACGUCUUGUCUCUUGCACAUCUCCCCCCCAACUUGGCGCGCGGCCCCUCUCAGGCCUGAGACAGCGAGCGAGAUGACACCAAGAACAUAUCUGCCCAUCUCACAUACCGAGCCGGCGGUCUGGCCCGACAAAGCUGGCGCCUUAUUCAUUCGUCUCCUUUUCCUUAUUCUCUCCUUUUUACUUUCCCAUGGCACAGGGUGGGUCAGGCGUUACGUGGAGGCGCGAGAUUUCGCCAUUGCGUCGAGUCUCCCGAUUCCCCGUGGGCUGGCGCCGCGGCUGGAUCGCGUGUGCAACCGCUCUGCCGAAAUUGUGCAGGUCGAUCAACCAGCUUCCUUUUCUUCUACUAGUCCUGUCAUUUUUUUUUUUGCUUGGUCUCCCUCUUUGAGUCCCUGUCUGUCUCUCGCUAUCUUGUCUUCUCCAAUGGUCAUCCCCCCAAGACCAGAACCCGGCUUUGACCCGAGCCAGCCGCGCCGUGGCCCGGCUGGCCUGGGGCCCGCCUCAGCUGUGCGCCGUGACGCCAAUGUUUCGCGGAGCGCGCACUCCUGGAUCAUGGCCCUGUCCCAGAAGCCCAAGCAUGUUGAGGUCCAUGCCGUGCGAAGCGCCGAGGAAGGGGGGGGGCGUGCCCCGAGAGAGGAAGAAAGAGUAGAGAUGACUUGA